UAAUAAUCAUUAUUUUGUUACAACUUGAAAUAUAUAGAUCUCUACAGUAUAAGAACCGCGAUCAUCAGAGGAAUAUAUUUGUGUAUAUGACUUGGUUUAACUUUUAUAUCAGCAUCUUCACUUCCGUUUAUCAUCGUGAAGUAAAAAUUGAACGGUUUAAUGUUUUUCUCUCAUUAUUGAUGCCUAAUUAUGUAACAGAAGUUUACUUAGAAUGGGAAAUUCAAACGUAACACAACAUAUUGAGACUGCAGAGAAAACGGGCGCAUGCCAGCUUUGUAAAGCUGGGCUGAAAGAGUUUCCAAAUGAUCUAAAUAGGCUCACGAAGAAUUUGAGGACCCUUGAUUUAUCUGACAACAAGCUGCCAGGCAUUCCACCCUCUAUUGGCUCAUUCACACUCCUGAAGAAUCUGGUGCUGAACAGGAACAAAUUAGAAAUUAUUCCAGAUGAAUUAGGGAAUCUAAAGAAACUGGAGUGCUUGUCCCUAGAUGGUAACUGUUUAACCAGGCUUCCAGAUUCUCUGUCAAAAUUGUCAAACUUACGAACUUUGAAUGUAUCCGAGAACAAAAUCACCCACUUCCCACAGUCACUCACUACCCUUAAGAAUCUUGAUGCUGUGAAUUUGUCAAGGAAUAAAAUUACAGAAAUUCCAGAUGCUGUGGGCACUUGUCAAGCAAUCGAGCUCAACUUAAACCAAAACCAGAUUUCUCGCUUGUCUGAGAGUAUAUCCCAGUGCCCGAGGCUGAAGGUUUUAAGACUGGAAGAAAACUGUCUUGAUGUAUCUGCCUUUACACCUAAAGUUCUCAAGGAAUCAAAGAUAGCCUUAUUUUCCAUUGAAGGAAAUGUUUUUGAUAUGAAAACUUUCCACAAUUUAGAAGGUUAUGAAGAGUAUAUGGAAAGAUAUACAGAAACAAAGAAAAAGUUUAACUGAGCCUAUAGAUCAGACAAUUUCCUUGUUGGUCCUUGGCGAAACAAAUGGUGUUCCUUGUAACUCCAUACAAGUAACCUCCCUUGAUGGGAUGUUGUGAAGAGUUUUAUAUACAAUUAUUACAUAUUUAAUACUGGUCAUUUGUUUAUUAUUGUUAUUUGUAAUAUGUAGCAGUACCUAGUUUGUACAUGUGUGUAUGUUAAGCCAGUUAUUUACUAGCGUUUCCUUGUUGUGUCAACUUGUUACAUUAUCUUAUCGGAUUUUUUAUGCCCCAAGAAAUUUUGUUAUGUAGUUCAGGUACAUAGAUUGUGUAAAUUAAAAAUGAAAUUCACACUUA